AUGGGACCGUCGCUAAAGCCGCACAAAACAAGGAUCACGAAGUUGGGGAACACACUGGAAGAGCUGAUAGAAAGCUCCCAACAUAUGGUAGCUUUCGAAAUCCCCAUCACGGAGAACGAAGAAGAGUCAAUGGAUCUCCUACGAACCAGGAUAAAAUCAAUACAGCACCGCCACACCAACAUCACCACAACCAAAGCAGCACUAGAGACAGCGGUCUCUAGUUAUCAGGAAGCCUUCAGCUCGUUGGACAACAACUCCCAGCAAGAAGAAAGAACAUCCCAAAAGACGUACGUUGACCGCGCUUGGGAUUUAACAGCGACGGCACUCUCCCUUCUUAACAAACUGGACGAAAAGGAGACAGAACUUUCCUCCAGACUGGAUAAUUUCGCCCAAGCGGCAAGAAGAAGAGAGAGACAACUCGAAGCCGUCAACACACCUCAAGCAUCCAACGAGUCGUCAAGAUGGACAACGCCGCCACCCGGAAGACGCGAGGAAUGGGGGUCCUUUUGGGCCAUAUUCCAAGUCACCGUGGACGAACAGCCAAUCCCCACGAUGAUCAAGUUUAACUACCUUCUCCAGUCGCUAGUAGGAGAGGCUAGGAAGACGGCAGCACAGUUUCAGGUGGUAGAAGCAAGCUAUCAACUAGUCAUCGAAGCACUCAAAAAGAAGUAUGGCGAAGACGCAUCCAUCAUCGAAGACCUGUUGAUGCAGCUCGAAACCACCAAGGCGGAGGGAAUGUCCACUAAGCUACAGGCUAACCUACUAGAACGAAUCACAGCCAUCUUGACGCAACUAGCCGCGAAAGGCCAGGAUGUCAAUCAAAGACUAGUGCUCAACCUAGUUUUACGAAAAUUCAAUGCCGAAAUCCAAGCAAAGGCACUCGAAAGGCGAGAGAGGCUCACAGAUUCUCAACAGUGGACGUGGUCAGCUCUCCAGAAGGACUUACAAGACAUUAUCACUACCAAAGAAAGGAUAGAAAGGAGUCAAGAACUGAUCACGAAGCCUCAUACGCCACUCUCUCCUUUAAGGGGAAAAAAUCAGGAUAAGCGCCCGAUACCAGCCUGCAUCUACUGCAAACGAAGUAAUCAUCGAUCAGUGGAGUGCAGGACUGUUCCAAUAUCGGAGCGGGCAGCGUUCUUGGCGAGGAAUCAGCUGUGCACAAACUGUGGAAAACCGAAUCACACUGCACAGAACUGUAGGAGUCAAGGAUGCUUCAGAUAUGGACUCAAGCACCACUCAUCGACAUGUCGAAGACUAUUACCGCCGCCGAACCACGAACAAUCUAUAGGGACGACAACGAAGCCCCAACAAAUCAAUCAGCCAGCUCGAAUAGUUCCCACAUCCAACGUCGCACGAAUACAGCAAAGAGGAACAACACAAGCCACACAUAGGCAAACCAGACAAAACCUGGUCACUAUAGAAGAAGAUAGUGAACCAGAAAGGGUGAGCGAUUCCCAAGACGAGAGCAGAGUCAACCAUGUAAGGGAAAGCAAUACCCAGAAAACAGGAGCACUCCUCUUAACAGGAACCGCCACCAUACAAGGACCCACAGAGUCCAGACAAGUCCAAGUACUCAUGGACACAGGAUCAGAGCUAUCAUUUAUAGAUAGCAAACUAGUAGACGAACUUCAACUAAAGGUAGAGGGAACCUCCACUCUACGCCUCAAGACGUUUGGAACGAAGCUGGCAAAAGAGGAACAGCACCGUAUAGUACAUGUGGAUUUAGUGGACAGGAUAGGUGACACAUACCCAUGCAAACUAUACGACUGUGCAAUUUUAACAUCCAGGACGGCGGAACCACAGCUCACAGUCGAAGACUUGAGCUACAUAAGAGGACGUGGUCUACAUCUAUCAACGAAGACCAACAAAGACAUUCAACCACGCGUUCUCUUAGGCUGCGACUACCUAUGGGAAUUGAUGGAGAACGAAAAGUACAACUUACCCUCGGGCAUGCAUCUCAUCGGGACGAAGUUUGGAUUCAUGCUCUCAGGGAAACAGAAAAAACCUGUGACGAAAGCAGUAUCCACUACAUUACAAACCAGUAGCGAAGAUAACGAGUUGGACAUAUAUGAUAACUACUGGAAGACGGAAUCCACAGGGAUCGAAGAAUACACAGGAACCGAGAAAGAAGAGAAAAAGAUCCAAGAGGAUCGAAUUCUCAAGAAAUUCAAGAAAACAACUGUAAGAAAACCAGAUGGAUAUUAUGUACGGCUUCCAUGGAAGGAGCCUUACGAAUACCUACCAGAUAACAGAUCCAUUGCACUAGCCAGAUUAAAGUCGCUGCUUAGACAGUACGAAAACCGCAAAGAAUUCCUACAGGAGUUUGAUAACAUCUUCAAAGAUCAACUCCAGAAAGGGAUUAUCGAAGUAGUCGAAGAAGACCGGCAAACCUCGACCUAA